AUGGAGAGCAAUAACUUAUUGGAGAGUCUCUUAGACCUGGAGGAGGAAUUCUACAAAGAAGGCUACGAUCUGGGAGCCACUGAUGGUGCGCAAGCUGGAUAUACCGAGGGCAGCGUCUUUGCUGUUGAAAAGGGCUUCGAAAAAUUCGCCGAAAUGGGACGUUUGUAUGGAAAGGCGUUGGUCUGGGCUCAGAGAUUCGCCGACUCUAAAGCAUUCAAGCCGCUGGGUACAGACACAGAUAAUAUCUCUGCGACCAAUGCGAUCAAUCGCAAAGAUUUGAAUGCUUCUUUGGACCCUUCCGUCUGCGCAGAAAUGGCCACAUUUCCGCCUAGUGCACGGCUGGCGAAGAAUCUCGAUAUUCUGCUCGAACUAGUCGAUCCUGCAUCAUUAGUCAUGGCGAAUACAGAGGAAGCAGUGACAGAUGCGGACGAGCGACUGAAGGGAGCUGUCAUCAAGGCCAAACUCAUUCAGCGCGCGUUGGGGGAGCGUGAAGACACGGCAGAUAUCCAUCGCGGCGCCAAAGAUACCCCAGCCGGAGCAGCAACAUCAGGCGAUGGUACUGGUAGCAUUGAGGAUAUCAGUUCUUUGAAAAUCCGGCAUUGA